AUGGCUCCCUCACAACCGCCAGCCGACCGCCGGAGCUUCCGAGUUGCUAUUAUUUGCGCUCUACCUCGCGAGGCCGAUGCCGUCACCUUACUCUUCGACCAGUUUUGGGACGAGGUGCGCGAUCCCUACGGCCGAGCAGAUGGCGACACGAAUACCUACAUCACCGGUCGCAUCGGAGACCAUAGCAUUGUUUUAGCUAAUACGGUCGAAGACAGCCUUACGAGAGCCAACAGAGACAUCCGAGGUCUCCUUGCCGUCUUCGAAACAGAGCUAAUGAGGGAGCGGCUUCAGGCUGAGGCUUCAGGGCACCUGAAGCACUUGCAGAAAGUAGCUAGGGACAAGCGGCGGCGAGCCAAUUACCGAUAUCCUGGGACGACUGAAGACCGACUAUAUUCCCGGAACCAUAUUCACAAACACUGGGACUCGUGUGACUUGUGUGCCGAUGGCUCGGGCGCCUUCUGCGAGGCAGCCUCCAAGGCGUCGUGUGCCGACACCAAGUGUGGUUCGGCUGACCUAGUGGUGAGAGAGCAUCAUGCCCGCGACGACGAUUUCAGGCCAGAGAUCUACAUGGGUCGAAUCGGCUCAGGCAACACAGUGAUAAAGAGCGGGGAAGACCGGGAUCGAAUCGCCGCCCAACACAACCUCAUUGCCUUCGAGAUGGAAGGCGCAGGGGCCUGGGAUGAAGUCCCUUGUAUUGUUGUGAAAGGCCUCUGUGACUAUGCCGAUAGCCACAAGAACAAGGCCUGGCAAGACUUUGCGGCAGCCACGGCUGCAUCUGUGGCCAAGGCCAUCCUGGGGCGAUACGCGGCUCACGACGGGACUGACGGUGACGUAGGCGGAAACCUGACAUAUUGA